AUGGACGCCUACCCGCUAGACUACGUCAACCACAAUCUUCCUUUGGUCCUGCUCUCAGGGCUAGAGGCAGAUGCUGAAGAUGACCCAGGGGCUGCUGUCGACUACCCACUCCUUGCAGAGAAGGGCCCGAAAAUCUUCUCCGAUUUCCCACCGCUGAGCGGGGCAGUUGCGGAGGAGUUGCGGAUAGUGCUCUUGGAGGAGGAUGGCUCCCAGAUGCCGUGGAGAUCGGGUCUCACACCAAGUGGGGAUGCAUCAUCGCCACAUAUAGCAUACCGGAUCAAGAGUUCAGGUCGGUCUUAUAAACUCCCACCGCGCAAAGCAAAUCCCCCGCGGACCUCCUCACCGACCAGCCCUACGACCGACUCAGACGGCAGCUCUCCCGCAUCGAGUUCACCAUAUGUUCUCCAUUCGCCCAUCUCCCCGUUAUCUCCGGGCUCUCCGACCUUCUCGGAUGGCCUCCUUACGCCGCUAUGGGUAACAAAACACCAAGAUCUGGUCCCUGCAGCGGUGAUCAAUUUCUUCCCGUUUUCUUUGGACCAGAACAUGAAUUCAUUGCGCGACAAUCAGCUGAAGAUUGAGAUCAACAGCUUGAAAAAGGAGUGGGCAUCCUCCGGUUUCAAGACGCGAUUCCUAGUUGUGCUGAUUUCGGAAGAGGGUGAUGGAGGCUAUGAAGGUGAGAUCGAUGACCGUAUAGCCGGAAUUAGAAGGGCGACGAAUCUGGACCAAAAGUCGAUCUUCGUCAUCCCACCGGACGCGACGUCUUCGGAGCUACGGGAUUUCGUGAAGUCCCUGUUCUCUCUGCUGCAGCCAUCGGUUGUAGAGUACUACCGGGAUUUGUCCAAGCAUGCCCGUCGCAAGCGGAAUCGGAGCAGUAUUCCUCCCCCGACGGCACCACCAACAAGCGGUACUUCCCAGACACUGUCACUGCAGGGGUGGAAUGUACGCUAUGAAUUCAAGCUCGGCAUCUUUGCAGAGUUCCGCCAGGAGAUGGACGCCGCCUGCCGAAACUACGAGAGUGCAUACGAAACCCUUUUUGGACAGGAAGUCUUUGAAAAUAUCGCAGGUUGGGACCCGCGGUUCAAUGAUGCGCGUCUCUUGGGUGAUGCCCUUGCGAUUCGCAUCAUCCGCUGUUUGCUGUGGACAAGCCAAACUACUUCUGCGACCCGCUUCUGGGUCGACCACCGAAUUCGCACUAAAGAUAUUAUUAAUCGGAGAGGCAAGGGUAGCAAGAACUACGGGUGGGAGGCUUGGGAAGCACGAUGGUCUCUGGUCAUGGCGCAGCUCAUCCGCCGUGCGGAAGUUUCUCUGCCAUCGCCAGAAGCUUCGGGUGACCAGGCGUUGAGGUUCUCAAUUUUCACAGCCCCCGAGAAGUCCAUUCCCACUGGCGAGCGGGUCAACCCGUGGGAGCAAUUGCAUCACGAAGGGUAUUGGCUAUAUCGUUCGGCUAAACAUACCAUGGCCCGACGCGCUCUUGCUUUGCAAAUCCCCAAUGAGGACCGGAUGUCCCCUGGGCAAUCUCCUGCCUCUCAAAUCGCCAACAAGUCCUAUUUGUAUGAUACGUAUCUGGCCCCAGAGACACAUAUUGAAGCACCGCAGUCGGGCGAGGCAGGCUUCAACCAUUCGGACUUGAUAUUGAGCUCACUCAAAGACGCUCUUCAAGAGUUCUCGAAGCGAUCUCAAACGCGGCAAGUUGAACGUUUAAGUCUCGAGAUUGCGGAAGAGUACAUACGCAUCGGCUCAUGGUCUGAAGCGUAUAGUGUUCUUGAGCCACUGUGGCCAACUCUCAGUUGGCGCAAGUCCGGCUGGUGGUUUCUGAUGGAAAGCUUCGGAUGGGCUUUGAGGGAAAGUGCCCUUCGAUUGCAGAAGAGCGAAACGGUUCUGCGAGUGGACUGGGAGUUGCUAAAUAAAGUGUUCCCACCAAGGCCUGCAUGGAAUUAUAACAUCCACAAGAGCCUCGAGAAUCUUCCUACUGAGAGGCCUAAACCCUCCGUGGUUCUUCGUGCGGAAGAUGUCAUGACAAGUCUGACUGCUUCGUUUGUAUUCGAGAAGUCUGAGGGCAAUGUCGGCGAGCCUCUGCAAGCUCAACUUAUCAUCUCCUCCUGUGCUCAGAAAGCAUCUGCCCCUAUCAAACUGUCUAGGGUGAAACUUGUUUUCGAGGGUUGUCUCCGACCAGUGAAGCUACAAUCCGACCAGAACAACGAGGCUGAUAUCUCAUCUCCCUGCUGUAUUUCUUCAUUAUCACUCCGCCAACCAAGCUCCGCAGGUGACAUCCAGUCCCCAACGGGUGCUCUUGCUACGCUCGUUGGAGUAGCCGACCUCACAAUUGGACCAUCCCAGACCAAAGUUUACAAUGUUACUUGCAUCCCCCGCGAAGCCGGAGAAGCCCAGGUUGCCUCCAUAUCGAUGGUAGUUGACGAGGAGAAGUUCGAUCUUGUUUAUGUGAUUACCGACCACAGCCCGCGAAAUGCCCACUGGUGGCAGCAGACCAAAAAAGGACCGUCACGGCGAAGAGUUGGCAAGGACCGAGAUACCGGAAACUGCAAGAUUAUGCCGAAGCCGCCCAAGAUUCGCAUCUCCACCCCCAACCUGCGGGAGACAUACUAUACCAACGAGCGCGUUGCUUUGAAAAUUGGCAUCCACAAUGAGGAGGACGAGGGUGCCGAUGUCUCAGCCGAGAUCAGACUUUUCGGCAGCCCGGAAUCAUCAGCCAAGCUCCAGUGGCUUGAUGGCAGUUCGGACGCUCUAGUGUCGGGAACAAGUUCGCCAACUGAGGGCCCGUCGCAUUUCCUGAAGCAGACUGUCGGAGUCAUGGAGCGCGCCUCUGACAAGGAGUUGACCGUUGUUCUGGCUGAUACCCAGGACGCCGCGAAGUAUUCCUUGGAGAUUUCUGCAGUUUACCACGUUAUUUCUGACGUUCAAACCCCUAUAAUGAAGACCAUAACUGUGGACCUUUCGUUCAUCCGGCCGUUCGAAGCCAACUAUGACUUCAGGCCUUCCAUCCACCCCCUUCCCUGGCCGGACUUCUUCUCCGUCAGUGAUGACUUGAUUAGCGACGACCCUGCAUCAGCACCCGGCGGCUUGUCUCAGAGAUGGUGUCUCAACUCAAAAGUGGUUUCCUUCGCGCUGGAACCUCUCGUCAUCGACCAGAUGUCCCUGAAGCUCCUCACCCUGACUGGCGGGGCUGUAUCCACAGUCGACCCAGAAGUUCUCGUCAGCCCUGAAACACCACACAUCGGCCCUGAGGAGCUGCGCGAAUCCAACUUCUUCUUCGACAUCCAGAAAACAACCCUCGGCGACCGCCGACCCACAGCGCUCAACAUGGCCCUAGAAAUAACCUGGCGCCGGCGGGCCGCCGGCAACACAAACGCCAGUUCACCUGACCCCGAAGCAGACGCCACAACCGCAAUCCUCGACAUCCCCCGUUUCGUCGUGCCCAUGGGCGAACCGCGCGUCCUCGCCUCGUCAUACGCGUCCAACUCCCUCUCGGGCCUCCUCCACCUGGAGUACACGCUCGAGAACCCGUCCACUCACUUCUUGACCUUCAACCUGAUGAUGGAGGCCAGCGAGCACUUCGCCUUUAGCGGGCCCAAGACUACGGUUAUCCAACUCGUUCCGUUGUCUCGGCAUACGGUGAAGUUCAAUAUCCUUGCUGCGAAGCGCGGUCUCUGGAUUCAGCCGCAGCUUGUGGUUGUUGAUACGUAUUUUAACAAGACACUGCGCGUUCUGCCUACGGGGGACAUGCGCGCUGAUAAGAAGGGGGUCUUGGUCUGGGUUGAUUCAGAUGAUGAGGUGUAA